AUGCCUGAACUGAACUCAAGUUCGGAAGAACAACAAUUUGCUAUUAAUCAAAUUAAUAAAAUACCAAAAUUUUAUUCUACAGAACGAGCAUUUUUCAAUGCUGAAAUGAACUCAAUAGAACAAACAUAUACGUAUAUAGAUUGUGGUUCUACUUGGCAAAUUAUUUCACCGAGGAUUCCUUGUGAAAAUCAAAUCAUAUCAUCAUUAUUAAGUGUUCGCAAAUCUAUCAUUCGUAUUGGUGUGUUAUACGAACGUGAAUCAGCUAUUGAAAUGUUUUUCGGUAGUGGUUUAUUAUUAACAGAUGAACUUAUUUUAACUUGUGCUCACAAUUUUGACCCUAUUAUUUGGUCUACUAAAAAAGUUCCUUAUAGUAAAAUUUAUACUUGUUGUUGUGAUCCAGCAUUUGAAUCAUUUUUUUCAUUAUCAAAUCGUACUCAAGUAUUAACAGAAGCUACUAUUGUUCGCCGUGGCUUAGAACGUGACAAUCUUACCAAAUAUGAUGAAGUGGAAUGUCAGAUGACUGAUCUAGCUCUUAUCAAAUUAAACAAACCACUUACACAUUUUAAAAUAGAUGAAUAUUUUGACCCUAAUCUAAAUGUAUUAUCAUCGACAUCAAAUCAUACUCCAAUGAAUUCAGGAUUAUAUUUAAUUUGUUAUAAUGGACAAUUAAAAGAUAGUGAUGAUUUGAUUCCAUAUAAAAAUGUUAAAGUUUUUGAAAAUAUAACCAUUGAUGAAUUAAAUGCACAGCAUAAUGUUAAUUAUAAAUCAAUAUCAAUUGGACGUCUGAUAGAGUUUUGUCCAACAAAUCAAUAUGCUACUCAUAAUUGCAGUACAUUACGAGGUUCAAAUGGCUGUUUAAUGCUGGAUUCGAAGGGAAACUUUGCUGGUAUACAUAUUGGUGUUAUAAAUUCAAGAAAAGGAAAAAAUUCUGAUAUGUCGUUUUUUUUAUAA